CUAACAGGCUCUCCGGGAAAGGCUGGGUCCUGGACCAGACUAGCAUCUUUGCCCAAGUGGAUGCCUUUGUUCAGCGCUGCAAAGACCUCCUGGAGGCCAUCAAGCGCACCUUUGACAAGAAAGCCGUGGAUGUCUACAUGCUGUUCAACAGAGAGCUCGCCCUGGUCAACAAAGAGCUGAGCAAGAAGCUGCCAUUCCUGCCGGCACACAUGUGCCAUUAUGCGGGCCUGGCGCACUGGCUGCGGGCUCUGCGCCGGCGCAUCGACAGACCCCUAAAGGAUCAUUGCUAUGCUGUCCCCAGAGGAGAGGGCCUUGUUCAAGGAGCGGAUCCGAUACCUGGACAGGAAGAUCCAGCCCUGCUUGAAGAAGCUGCACUGGUCACUGAAAGGGGACAGUGCUGCCUUCUUCAGUGAGUGCUGACUGCACGCCAGCAAGGUGCAGCAGUACUGGAUGGCCUUCACCAUCAAGAUGAACAGAAUGAUGGAAGAGGCCUUCAGGCUCAGUGUCAAAUGGUCCCUACUGGAACUUUCCAAGGCCAUCAGUGGAGAUGGCAAGACUACGCCUAACCCCCUGUUCAGGGUCAAGGUGAUCCUGCAGGACAACUACCCGGCGCCAUCUGCACAGGUGGAGUUUUCCCCAAGUCUGUCACAGCUCGUGAAUAUGGUCAAUGACAUCAGCAGCCACCUCAUCACCAGCAUCUCUGUCUUCCGCCACCUGCCAGAGAUCCUGACCAAACGCAGAUUCCUCCGCGAUCCCAUCUCGGUUCUCGUGGAGCGUGAUGAAGAUAUCAAGAAAAUCCAGGCACUGAUCAGUGGUGGCAUGCAAGCAAACGCCAUGCACCCCCAGGCAUACCUGAAGACCUGGGAUGUGUACCAUGAGAUCUGGGAGGUCAACAAGGACUCCUUCAUUAACCGCUACCGGCACCUCAACCCACUCUUCCUUCGAUGCGGACACUGCUCGAGGAAACCCAUGCCCUCUGCUGUGCUAACUGAAGAGCAGCCCCCUGGGGAGCACUUUGGAUACAUGGAAGUAAUUUGA